AUACAUAAUGCAAUCUAAUUGGAUCCGUAAUAUCUUUCUCAACCUAUGAUGUGUGUGAUUACUGUUUAUCCUCGAGUGACCUUUAUUGGUGUAUUCUACACGCCGGUAGGUCUAUGUAGCGACCUAGGUCGCUUCUCCUUUUAGUGUCUCCACAAUAUAUGUACAUAGGGGCGCUCAUCUUCACAGACGAAGUGAAAUAGGCACAACGUCAUGGGGGGCAAUGGAAGCGCGUCUCGGAACGUGUCAUUUGGUCUGGACGAAGAGGAGAAGGUCACAGUCAUUGAAGGAGUGAAGCUGUCAGAUGAAGUGCUGCGGCGGAUGAGGGAGGCCAAAGCCUCUCAAGGCAAGGGAUCACCCCCUCACGCAGACCACCAGAAGCCAGCCCCAAGUCCUUCAGUUGCUGAAAUACAAGAGGAAAUGCUCAAGAAGUUUGAGCAGGAACAGGCCCUGGUCCAGGAGCAGUUGGCCAGACUGGCUCAGCGGGAGAAGGAAAGGGAUUCGCCGACUGCUCUUGCUGCUGUGGGAGGUAACAACGUGACCUCCGCCAUGAUCAUGGAGCAGGGAAGAACCCACGAAGAGCUGGAAAAGGCGAAGAUACUGCCAGCAGAACUGGAUGCUUGGGCCAAACAGCUGGAGAGGAAGGAGCGCGAGUUGGCCACCAUUUCAGCCUUCUACAAGGAGCAGCUCGAAACCCUGGAGAAGAAGAAUCUGGACAACUACAAGCAAACAACUGAACAAUACGCCCAGGCCCAGACCAAGGCUGAGAGUCACAUCCGGCCCCGCCACACAACCGCUAUUUGUACUGAGCUCCAGGGACAGGUGUUCAAGUGCUACAGAGACAACCCACAGCAGACGCUGGCCUGCUCCAGCCUGGCCAGGCAGUAUAUGAACUGCAUCCAGCAAGCCAAGCAGGGCUCAUCGGUCAACCAUGGCUGAAUCCACCCCCAAGAAAUACGCAGGAAUACCAGAAGAACAGAAGAAGAAACCAUCCUGUCCGUCCAUCCGUCGAGCUGCAUCUUUUCGUCCAUCAGUCCAUCCUUUUAUUGAACAACUGCUCACAUCAGGCUCAUUUACCAAAUGCCCCCCCCCCCCCACACACACACACACACACACACACACACACACACACACACCCUCUCCCCCCCACACACACACACACUCACACACACAGACAACCCCCCACACACACGCCUUCCCACUGUGUCUCUCUGUGCUGUCUGGAGUGUAUUAGCUUAGCGGUAGCGCUAGCCACUCCAGAGGGUCUGAUGUGUUGAUUCUCUGGGGUGUUGCGACAGCACACGCCUGCCAUCAACAAAUAAAUCCCAGUGAGCCGCUGGAGAUGAGGCUGCAGA